AUGUGGGCAGAUCAUUUCUCUCCCGGUAACAUGCAAGAGCUCUCUAUCAACUCAGCCAAGAUAUCUGAAUUCAGCACAUGGCUUGACCGGAGCAUGGAGUGUCUGCGAGCGGGCCACAAGCUCUUCAACAAGAUUUUAGUGUUACGAGGGCCGAGUGGAUGUGGAAAGUCAUCGUUAGUCCGGUUGAUGGCCAGCCAGAAGGGCCUCAAGGUCGUCGAGUGGAAGAGCAAGCCAACGAUCUCCUAUGAUCGAGUGCAGAGUUUGGAGAUAGAGUAUGAGUCAGAGCUGGACAACCUAGUGCGCUUCUUGCGUUCAAGUCGACAGUUGUCGAAUUCAAUCAUCACGUUCGACAACGAAGGAGAGUCGGGGAUCGAUCAUGCGGGCGUACUCAUUCUCCUCGACGAGGUCCCUUACAUGCACAUGGAGCAUCAAAGGAGUCGGCUGAGGGCAGAGCUCGUUCAGUUCUUCAAUCAUGUUAGGUGUCUUCUGGUUGUCACUCACACAGAUCAUCAGUCAAACGAACGAGGUCUUGCUGCCUGGCCGCAAUGCAUCUUUGGCCUCCCGGGUGUUCAAGUCAUUCAGAUGAAUCCGAUAGCCAAGACUUUCUUGAAGAAGGGUAUAGAAAGAAUCAUGAGUGCUGCUCGUGUUGGUUCAGAAAAGAGUGUAGUUGACUCAGUUGUACAGUGGGCUGAUGGUGAUAUGCGCAGUGCAAUCAAUUCGCUCCAGGUGAUAUGCGCUGGUGGGAGGCGAAAUCGGGCACAUUCGAGACCACUGUCAGUCGCUGAUUCAGCUGGGUAUGGUAGAGAAUCUUCUCAUACAUUUUUUCACGCGUUAGGGAAAAUUCUCCACAAGAAGUCAAGCCCGACUCAGAAUCCCUCAGAGGCAUCACAGGACGAGGUGAAUCCUAACAAGGGCACGGAGAUAGCAGCCGGCACAGGAAACCUGGAAGAGGUGGUGGAGAAAGCAGGAUUGACUGAGAAGAUUCUGUUGGAUUAUCUCUUUGAAAAUUUUCCCACCUUCUACAGUGAGAUUGAAGACAUAGCGGAAGCCUGCUGCUACUUGUCGGAAGCGGAGCUCGUUGCCUCGUCUUGGAAUCCCAGCGACAACCCCUAUCACAAUGACAACAUGAGCGGGAAGGCGGCGACAAAUGCUAGUCGAUGCGCUGUCUCAAUAUCUUGCCGGGCCAUCCCACUUUGCAACAAGCACGCAGUGAAAGCGAAAUUUGUUCCUCUUUGCAAGCCAACCAUGUUUUCUGUCGAGAAUUAUGCAAACCGCAUGAAGAGCGAGGUGGUUCGAGCCUUCUCGACGGCAAGGACAGAUGACCUCGUCAACAUGCUGCCUCUCCAUCCCCUACGCUUUGCUUCGUACAGGACCGACGUUGGGCUGACUGCUAUUCAGAGAUCGUGUCUGCAGGAGUUGACAUCGUUCACGUUGCAGAACGGACAAGCAAGCAGCAAGUACAAGCGUCCCUCACGAGAGAUGCUCAAAGAGGGUUUCGACGAACCCAUUGUACCUUGUAUUAUAGAACCGCAGGCGGGUCAACCAGAUAGUCAGAGCGAUGCAAGGGUGGAGAGUUUGCGAUUCAAGUCUCAGGCGGCCCUCAUUGAAGACCAGAUCGAAGACUUCAGUGACUAA